AUGAAGUUUCCCCAGGGCUGCGACCGCGACCGUGACUGCGACCGCGCCGGCCGCCGCCGCCCGCCCGCCCUCCGCGCCGCCGCCGCCGCCGCCCUGCCGCCGCUGCUGCUCCUCCUGCUGCUGCCGCGGGCCGCCGCCGCCCCGCUGGCCGCCGCCGCCGACUCCUCGGGGGAGGCCGAGCCGGAGGAGGCGGCGGGGCGGCGGGCGGCGCUGCCCGACUGCGUGCGGCUGGCCCGGCUGCUGCACGCCCGGGCGGCCCAGCUGCAGGAGGAGAUGUGCGAGAAGUUCACCGUCUGCAAGAACAGCAUGGAAAUGCUCGCCCAGAACAACCUCAACCUCCCCAAGGUGACAGAGGAAGACGGGUGCCUGCUCGCCGGCUUCGAUGAGGAUAAAUGCUUGAGGAAAAUCUCCAGCGGGCUUUAUACGUUUCAGACGUACCUUGAAUACAUACAAGAAACUUUUACUAGUGAAAAGCAAAACGUUGAAUCGCUGUGCUAUAGUACAGAGCACCUGGCACAUACCAUAAGACAGAUGGUGAUCAAUCCCGAUGAAGUGAUCAUCCCAGACUCCGCUACCCAGGAAUCCCUCCGUGCAAAGCUGAAGUCCAAUAAGAACUGGAUAGAGAAAAUCACCACGCACCUCAUCCUCCGAGACUUUACUUCAUUUAUGGAGAAAACAGUGAGGGCCAUUCGCUACUUGAAAAAUACCAGGAGUUUCAGUGUCUGAAUGUUUUAAUUCAGGCACAAUCCUUCGUUACAAUCUGUCAUGUGGCAGAUGAGUGUUGUUCUGUUUUAAGAACCAGAAAUAGUAACAAUGGUUUGCAUUUAUAUACAUUCUCAUUUCCUUCUAGGAAACUAUUUAUUGUAUUUAAAGUAUUUAUUAGUUUCUAAUGUUUCCUAUUUAUAUUUUCAAUAUUUAGAAAUAAUUUAAACAAAGGACGUAUUUUACUUCAUUUCUAAUGGUACUAUUCAAAAUAUCAACUUACUGAAUAUGUAUUCAGCAAAAAAAUAUUUUCAGAAGCCAGAAAAAUUGUUGUGUAACUUAUGUUUUUAAAAUAUUUGAGAUGGUAUUUAUGACGUAUUUAUAUUUGUAAAGCAAAUAAAAGCUGAUUUUUAAAAAAAACAAAACUGUAUAACGGUUUGAACUUUAAAUAAGACUAAGGAACUCUAACGUAUUCAAUUUUUAAUACCUGCAAUUAUCAAAAUAAUCACUUUCAAGAAUUUAAAUUUCAUCUUUAUAAAUAGGUCAGUUAUCUACAUAGCGCAUACGUACACACACAU